ACUUGCCGUUCAUCUCAUCGUUGUGAGUUUGCGGAAACAUGGCGGGCAUGGAGUUGCUGUCCGAUCAGGGAUACCGUUUAGACGGAAGAAAAGCCACCGAGCUGCGGAAGUUUCAGGCCCGUAUGGGAGUGUUCGCUCAGGCUGACGGCUCCGCGUACUUAGAGCAGGGAAACACCAAAGCGCUGGCUGUGGUGUACGGUCCACAUGAAAUGCGAGGUUCACGCAGCCGGACUCGCCACGAUCGAGCGAUCAUCAACUGUCAGUACAGCAUGGCCACCUUCAGCACAGCAGAGAGGAAGAGACGGCCGCACGGAGACCGCAAGUCUACUGAAAUGAGCCUCCACCUGAAGCAAACCUUUGAGGCUGCAGUGAUGACCCAGCUCUACCCGCGCUCUCAGAUCGACAUCUAUGUCAAGAUUUUGCAGUCAGAUGGAGGCAACUACAGCGUGUGUGUGAAUGCUGCCACCCUGGCUGUGAUCGACGCCGGCAUCCCCAUGCGCGACUAUGUGUGCGCCUGUACGGUCGGGUUCGUGGAUGAGACGCCGCUUGCUGACCUUUGUCACGCAGAGGAAAGUGGAGGCAUGAGCUCUCUGGCUUUAGCGUUGCUUCCCCGAGGCGGACAGAUCGCUCUGCUGCAGAUGGACGCCAGGCUGCAUCAGGAUCACUUAGAGACUCUGAUUGAAGCUGCCAUGACAGCUUGUAAAGGUGUGAGCAAGGUGCUGGAUGAAGUGGUGCGACAACAUCUCCAAGAAGUUUCUGUGCUGUCAGGAGAGUGAUGCUGGGAGGACGAGCGGACGUCAGACCUGAAACAGCUAUUGGACUGAUUCAGGAGGGACGAUUGUAAAAUUUGUAUUCAUUAAGGUUGUUUUAUUUUGUAAAAAAAAAAUAAAGACUGUAAAACAAUAA